AUGGCGCCGCCUAUGGGGACCGGAAGCGGAAGUGGCUCCGCGGAGGCGCCGCGAGACAGCUGCGACGCCGGGAGUCUGUGGAGGUCCUAUGUGGGGCCUGUGGACGAUCUGGAGCGUGCCCUCCUGAGCCCCUUCCCCACCAUGUUCCUGCUGCCCUGCUCCGCACUCGCCCUCUUCCUCCUCACCUGCCUGGCUCUGGAGCCACCCCCGCGCCACCCCUCACCCUCCAACCCGGCCUUCUGCCGCUUCCAACGGGAAUUCCUGCUGGGAUACCUCCCCGCCCUGGCUGCGGACUGGCUGCAGGGCCCGCUGCUGUUCCAGCUGCUGCAGAGUCGGGGCUUCCUGCGCAGCCAGAUCGCUGCCCUCUACUCCUGCGGCUUUGCCUCCAACGUUGCCUUUGGCCUCGUCUCCAGUGUUUUUGUGGAUCGGCUUGGCCGGAAGAAGUCCUGUGUGUUGUCCUCGGGGCUGUGCUCCGUGUCCUGCCUGCUGCAGCUCUCCCAGGAUUUCCUGGCACUGGCAGCUGGCCGGGUCCUGGCGGGCCUCGGCACUUCCCUGCUUUUUUCUGCUUUCGAGUCCUGGUACAUCCAUGAGCACCUGGAGCGCCAUGACUUCCCGGCCGAGUGGAUUCCCAACACCUUCUCCCGCGUGGCCCUCUGGAACAGCGGCCUGGCCGUGGCAGCCGGCCUGGUAGCCGAGCUGGUGGCUGAGGGACUGGCACUGGGCCCUGUGGCCCCAUUCCUGGUGGCCAUGCCCUUCCUUGCACUCUCGGGGAUCUUUGCCGGGAAAAACUGGGAUGAGAACUACGGGAAGAGCCGGUCCUGCAGUAAGGCUUGUGGGGAAGGCCUUCGGGGCCUCCUGUCUGACCCUCGGACACUGCUCCUGGGGCUGGUCCAGGCCCUUGUGGAGAGCAUCCUACUCAUCUUUGCCUUCCUUUGGACACCUGUCCUGGAGCCACAUGGGAUCCCGCUGGGAAUCGCCUUCUCUGGGUUCACGGCCGCCAGCGCCGCAGGCUCGGCCCUAUUCCGGCGUGGCGUCACCGGGAGGCUCCGGCUGCAGCCAGUGCGGCUCCUGCCCGGCUCCAUCCUGCUCCUGGCACUGGCCCUUCUGCUCCUGGCACUGCCACUGCCACUGCCAUUGUACCUCCCCGGUGAUUUCCUUGCCUUGCUGAUGCUGCAGCUCUCCUGCGGGAUUUACUUCCCAGCCAUGGCGUUCCUGCGGCGCCGGCUGGAGCAUGGCAGGGACGCGGCAGGAGGAGCGCGGUGGCUGCGGCUGCCCCUCGGCCUGGGGGUGUCACUGGCACUGCCCGCACUGCCCGGGGACCCUGCGGGGACACGGCGGGUGUUCGGCGCUGCGGCCCUGGCGGCUCUGGUGGCACUGGGGGCAGCCGGGGGGAUCCUGGGCACCGCCCGUGGGGACGAGGGGCUGAGGCGUCAGUGGUCUCGGCGCACGCUCCCCGCUUUCCCCGGUAGGCUCCGCCUCUCUCCCUCUUCGCGUUCCGAUUGGCUGAGGGAGCUGUCAGUCCCGGCGCCGCGAGUAGCGAUUGGUCCGACGGGUACAGUGGGCGGGCGGAGGGAGACGGACGCGGACGGGACCCGGAUGUAA